AGAUUCUAUGGUGAUAUUAAAAUUAUUGCUAUUAAAACUCAGCGAUUCAGAAGCAAAUCAAAUUGAUGUCUCAAACAGGAGAACGGGCGCGACUGUACAGCAGUCAGCAUUCCCCGUAAGCAACGCCAACGCUCCAGAUUCUAUCAAUAGUGACAGUAGAAUGUGAAUCCAGCUGCAGCGACUGCCGCGUUUCAACUGCCACUACUCCUAGUCAGUGUCAGCGACUCUAGCGGCAGUCGCUCGAAACUCAGCGGCCAAUCGAUAGUCGUGGCACGAUCGUAGCGACAGUCGCUCUGAGAGAAACGAAGUAAGAGGGUGUCGCGCGUCUUUGUUUUCUUACUUUUCUAUCUGAAAACAUCUGGUUUAAAUUUUGGUGUUGUUUGAGCAAUCGCCCUGCUGUAGUCCACAUGUAUGUCGAUUUUGAGAAGUAGCUUGUUGAAUUUUAGCGAGAAAAUGGAAAGUAAUAGUGCCGAUGAAAGUAGUUACGGCCUGAAUUUCACUAGAGCCCAGGACAGAAUUCUAGUUGACCACGUGGCGACGUACCCGGCUCUGUGGCAGCCAUCACACGAUCACUACCGAGAUAACGAGUUGAAGCACCGGAUCUGGAAGGAUAUUUCUAAUGCCGUUGAGAAGCCUGUGGAUGUUUGCAAAAAACGUUGGAAAAAUAUCAAAGAUACCUAUGACAGAAGGAUCAAGCUGGCAGGGGGUCGUCAUUCAACAAAAUACGAUAGAGGAAAAUGGGAGCUCAAUGACAAAUUGAAGACUUUUCUUCAAACACCUAUAGAGCGUUCUCGACAAGCAAAGAAACAAGAGAAGCGAACUUGUAAUAUGAAAGACAUCUACGUGGAAGAAGUGGAACUGGACUAUCUUCUUUCAAGGGACAAUGACGCAGGAGAGCCUGAAACCAUUCUAGAGGAAUCGUGCGGCUCUGAGACAUCCCAGUCUGUUGCCUUUGCGGGAAAACUAGUCUCCAGCAACAACACAACAAUUAAUUCACAUUCCAAUGAAGAAAACGCUGAAUACAUACUGCCUCAUCAAAUGGGAAAAUCUCAUGACAGUGGUACAGGAGUUGAUCUGUUUUUCCAGAGUUUGGCCGAAACAGUUAAAAGUUUUCCACCAAGACUGCAACAACGUGCAAAAACUGAGGCGCUCAAAUUAAUCAGUUCCCUCGAAUUGGAACUAUGGAACUCAAUCGAUCUGUGAUACCCAUCUACUGCGUUCAAACUGUUCAAUAUAUUUUUCGACGUACCAUAGUUUUGACAAUUACAAUAUUAAUGUCAAUUCUUAACAUUACUUAAUGGUUUCUUACUAUGAAUAAAUUUGUUCGACUAUUUUAUUUUCACAUAAUUCUUCAGUGAGUAAAAUUAA